AUGUCCGAGUGCAUCUCCCAAGAGGGCCAUGGCAGCCGCCCGCUUCGGCUCACACUCCAGAUUCUGGCAGCGAUCCGGGGCUACGGUCGCCCAAGCUACUCUACGUUACUGUUACUAGGCUGGAGCUGCAUGGGCUCGUAUCCGUGGAGCAAGUGUAUGAAUAAGGGGGGACAGGUAGGUAGAGAGGCUGAUGCAUUGAUGGUGACAGUGGCUCUGCAAGACUUGUCCAGCUGUCUCGCCGGCCGAACGCGCCCUAUAGUGUCAAAUGCGGUAAUGGCUAUCAAUGGGGUGGGGGGCACUGGAGCCAUGGUGUGCAUGUGUGGAGCAGCGCCCGGUAUAAAGCGGAGAUGGAGAGAAGGGGAGGCAGAACAUACUGCAUAUACAUACACAGAUUCAUGA